UUAUAAAAAAGGAAAAAUCUCAGACCUAUAAAAUACUCACACGAUCUCGCGCGUGAGAGAAAUAAGAGAGAGAGUGAAACAAGUUGAAAGGAGUUGAGCGGGAAUUUUGUGAAGCUUUCGAAAAUGGAGUCCGAAGAACAAGAUAAGGUUGAAAUUCAGCAAACACAACCACCACAACAAGAACAAUCCGCUACUGAAGUUCUUAGCAUCGAACUUCCUGCUCCAGAAGGAUGGAUUAAGAAGUUCAUUCCCAAGAAGGGUGGGACUGGAACUCCUCGAAGGAAUGAGAUUGUAUUUGUAGCACCAACUGGUGAAGAAAUUAAGAAUAAGAAACAGUUGGACCAAUAUUUGAAAUCCCAUCCUGGUGGCCCAUCUUCCUCAGAGUUUGACUGGAGCACAGGUGAUACUCCACGCCGUUCUGCUAGGUUAAGCACCAAAUCAAAAGCGACAGAGACCCCAGAAAGUGGUUCUUCCAGGAAAAGGCAGAGGAAAUCAAUGUCAAAGAAGGAUGAGGAGAAAGAAGAAACUGAUGAAGGUGAGUUUGCAGAAGAUCAAGCACAUGCCGGUAAGAUUGAGGAUGAUAAAUCAGAGAAUGAGAAAGAUGUCGAUAUGAAUUAUGUUCAGGAAGCUGAUUUGGCUAGAGCUUCUUGUGAUAAAAGUGAAGAGCAAGCAGGUGAAGCUGAGGAACAGAAAGAAGCUGACGCAGGAGGUGUUUCUGAUCACCAAGCUCAGCAUGCAGGUAAAUCUGAAGAAGUGCUUACUCAGGAAAAAUCUCAAGUACCAGAAGAGUCAAAGAAAGUGGAAACAGCGCAAGAAACUAUGCCCAGUAAAGAGAGAGAGAAGCCUGUAAAUGAACAAAAUAAUAGCAUGGAUGUCGAUCCAGCAGAAAAUAAAGGACUGCCUGGGGAAAAACCAGCUGAAGGUCCGGUUGUGCCUCAGUCAGACAUCUGUUUGGUAAGAGAGAACGAAGGGACCUGUGCAAUUGUAAAGGGAAUUGAGGAAUCUAAACAGGCUGUAGAGGUACCAGAGCAAAAUUUCAUAUCUGGGGUUGUGGUAGAUAGUAGUAGUGCCAAGGAGAACCAAGAUGCUGCAUUGCACACCGAGAAUAAACCCGUGAAUCCUGAAGUUACUUUACAUGAACCUGAAAAAAAGGUUGGUUUGGAAGUUGUGACAGAUGGCAAUUUUGGAGAGGAGAACGAAGGUACUACAGUGCACACUGAGAAUAAACCUGUGAAUCUCGAAGUUGCUCCAUAUGAACCUGUGAAACAGAUCGGUUUGGAAGAAGUUGGAUCUGAAGGCAAUAUUGCAAAGGAGAAUCAAGAUGCUACAAUUCAGACCGAGAAUCAGCCUGUGAAUCCUGAUGGAGCUCCGCAUGAGCCAGGUGCAGCUCAGCCAGUUAGUUGCUGAGAUGUAUCCACUUACUUUUUUUAGAUUAUGUGUUAUGUAUUCUCAUUUCAGAUUUACUUUUUCUCUGUAUUUUUGUUUGAUAGUUGGUUUAGUUAGUUUUGAUGAACAGCAGCUUUAGAUUGUUGAUUUUGUAUUGUGUAAUUGUCAGGCGCAGUUGUGGGUACAACAGCUUCAGCCUGCUAUAGAAUGUAUUGUCAUGAGUCAUGACUUAUAAUUAGGCGCUUAGACUUGUAACAUUAUACUCCCUCUAGAGAGCUGUAAUCACCUUGUUUUAAUGUCAUUUUAUUGUAGCA